UUCAGGAGAGACCUCGGUGGCAUGAUGAGUGAGUGGGGGGAAACGAUGGACUUUCAAACGAGCCAUCCUAAGGGAUACUUGUCGGGACCAGGGGAACGGAUAGAAACAGGAUUUCGGUAACAACGAUAUGUAUAUGCUCCCCCGCCUUCCCACUCGAACCCCGGGUUGCUGGCUCGUCCGGCGGUUGAAUGGGAACAAGUUGUGUCCGUGGGAAAUUGAUCCUCACACUGAUCGAGGAGGCCAGUAUUCCACUUUGUACAAGCCACAACUACAACUACACCUGCUUCACCGACGCAGAAUACACAUGGAUAUCACUGACUUGCACCCACCAGAUGACUAUAGCCACCGGUUCUUCAUUUGGCACGAAUGGAUACAGGCCAAUGGUCCUUUGACCAAUGAGAAUGUAUUCGACUAUUUCGCAACGUCUAUGUUCUAUGAUAAGCAGAGUAACAACCAGGUGCUGCGCAUGCAGACCAUGCACACAGGCGUACCUCUUGUGAAUGAGGCCGAAGAACUUAGGCGAUUUACAGGCAUUGAGUUUGCGUUGGUCCAUUCCCAACCACCUUCUAUGUUCAUCAUACACAAAAGAGAACGAUUCUCUCCCGAUGAAUUCCGUCCCCUGGCGGCAUAUUUUAUUAUCAACAAUAGAAUUUAUCAGUCACCGGACGUAUAUUCUUUGAUCUCGAAUCGUCUUCUUACGUCGUUGCACUCUCUACAAACGUCGUUAGAUACUCUGCGGAGUCAUCGACCGGCCUACACCCCACGAACUGGAUUCGUAUGGCCUGUCAUGGAAGCUAGUGCGUCAGAAGAUGCCUCCAAACGGGGUACCGACGGGGAACUUCAGAAGCCCGAGGAUCCUCAAAGUAUAGUACCCAAACGAGAGAAGAUCACUGUUUCUGAUGCUGCACGAAAGCGACAACAGAACAACAUGCUUCUGUGGAACGCCAUACGCUCAACGGCAGUCCAUGCUACUCAGUCGUUCACCCUUCCUUCUAGUAUCUCCGAACAGACAGCGCCAGAGACCCCAACUGCUGGAACAGGCACUCCAUCAGCAGCCACCCCAGCGCCCAUACCUGCAAGGGCAGCAACUCCGAAGACAGCUUCGAACGCACCAACGCCAGGACAGGAAGUACCACCUCCUAAGGGCCCUACCGGGGGCGGCAAGAAGAAGAAGAAACGUACGUCUAUUGCGCCGCCGACAGGGUAGUUCUGGAAGUUGAAAGGCUCAUGCUAUCCAAACCACUUCCAUGUUGACGCUUCAACAUGUGGCUUGCUCAUGACAUGCUUCCACCCGGCUCACUUUACCAUGCCUGUGAAUCAACAAACCAGGAUGACCCGAAGCCCCGUUCUCAGAUUGCCAAGGGCUUUCUAACUUGGAACUUCUGUCACUUGCUUCAUGGAACGGGUAUGGUUGGUCUUAAUAUGGCAAUCAUUCGUCCACGGCUUCUUCAUGAGGUUUCACGCCAAGUUAGCAGCGCAGACUGCAUGUACAUUUUGGUAGUGUAUUUUAAUGAACACCUCGAGGUACAUCCCAUGCUCACAAGUGCGAACUCUCGGGAGAUCUAACUUAGUGAUUACCGUGCACCCACUCCUGUCAAUCUUCCUGUCAACCAGCCCAAUGGCGUUUGCAGUCCGGAACUCCGGGAACCAACACCUCCACCACCUAGGGAAAGCGGAUUAGCCGAUGCGAACGAUUCUUUCCUCGCUUUCGCAGCGGUUUGCACUGAGAUUGGUUCACAAUCACUCAUUCAGAAAAACUGGAAAUAGUCAUCUAAGUAAGAAACGUACCAGCAUGAUCAAUUUCCUCCACGUUAGUCUCUAGAACGAGACCUCCUUGGAUAAUCUCGGAUAGUAUGUGGUGAACCUAGUAAGGAGAUUCAAUUAUUAAGCAUGAGCUGCUUAGAAUAUGAACCCCACCUCGUCAAAGUGAAACACGAGGUCGAGUUCGCAUACGUUCUCGAAUGCUCGGUCAAGAGAUUCUACAAAGAC